CAUAAGGAGAUUGAACUCCCUGACAACAACAAUGGUUUAAGCUCCUCCCUCCAGGUCAGAGUAAAUCACCUGACCCUGCGUGUCAGCAGCAGUCAACACACAGACGCCAUCGAUCCUGUUGUGCAGAAGCAAGAAAGAUUGAAAUCAAAGGUAAUCUGUGAUGGACUCCAGAUCGCACAGACUUCCCUUUUGUCUGUCAGGCUCAAGGUCUUCUUACACGUCCAGUCCAACAGUCUCCUCGUCAUUGGGCUCCACCAGGUUGUACAGCAGGGAGACGGCGCUCAAUAAUGACCGUUUUUCGAGGACAUCACCUGCUUACAAAGCAGAACUGGAACAACAGAAUUCUCGCCUCCUGAGGUCGUCCAGAGACUACAGCAGCUCAGAAAGUCGCUCCACAAGCUGGAAGUUGCCCUCUUCUCUGACGUCUUCCAGCAGAUCUUAUGAUCGGCCGUGGGCUGAGACCUCUUACAGCAGCAGGAGCAAACCGGUUGAUUCUGAGGGGAGGUUUGGGCGCUCGGUUCUGCUGAACCCCAGUGAUGAUGGUGACUCUAAAAGGGCCAAACUGUCCUACAGUAACAGAGCACUUCACUCAAGGACCACCAGCACCUCAGCCACAGGAUCCUCCUAUUCCAGUAAUGUGCCAAGCAGUGGCAGAGGCACAGGUGAAACACAAAACGGCACUUUAGAUUCAUCAUGGAGCUCGUAUCGUUUACUCUCACGGCCUUCAUCUUCUUCCUCCUCCAAUCCGCUCUUGUCCAGGAGAGAGCUGGAGACAAAAAAUGAGCCUGGUCUCUCAGGUUUGGGGGAAAGAAGAAAUAGGACCGCUGGAUUGGCUUCCUCAUUGUAUCAAACAGACAGAGUCACCUCCACAUAUGCACAAGGAGCUCGACCAAAAGAGGCUACCUACUCCACCUCCUACUCUUUCUCCUCCUCUUCUUCCUCCCCCUCCACUGCUCGAAAAAGCUCGCCCAACCGGCACCUCUCAUCUUCCACGUCACACCGGUCCUCUCCUCUGCUGCGUGACUUCAGCAACAACAGAACCACAGCCCGUUUCUCCAGCACUUCAUCCACCCACCACUCAUCUCAGGUAAAAACAGGAAACCCUGAGUCCUCCUCAAACACCUCCCCUUCUUACUCCUCCCACAACUCUUGGUACACCACUCCCGUUGCCCGGCCAGAGGUCGCGCUCCCUCCAAGGCCCGCUCCUGAAGGUGGAGAGCCGGAGAGCCGCAGCUCAACUCGACGCCUUUUGUCCCGUCUUUUUUCGCGGCGCUCAAGCCAAGACUCUUCGAGCGGCUCUUCCAGUGUUCGCACCGUUGAUGAUGACACUCCAUCGACUGGGGGGGAGUCCGUGGACAGUGAUGAUGGGUCGAGGAUGUCUGCCGUGGAUCCUCAAGCUUCAGGGUCAGAGGCAAACAUCGGUAGCCUCAGGAAUCGUAGAGCGGACCUCACUCCUAUCCAGGAAAACAACGACGGCUAUCGAGGAGGUCCGCCGCGGCCCAGAAUGGCAUCAUGGCGAGAACCUGCCGUUGGCAGUAGCAGCAACUCAAACAGUGGAGGAGGCAGCAGCUACUCCUGGCUCUCUUCCUCCCUCCGUGGCCGCUGCCCUCCCCUGCUCGCUCGCCUCAGGAGACAUACCAGGGAUGAGAGCGCAAACUCUGCCGCAGGCUCAGAAGAAAGAUACAGUUGUCCUCAGCAUUUACUGAGAAGAUGGGAUGACCUUGAGCACAAAACAUCACAAGAUGAUGAUGAAGACGAGGAGGAGGAGGAGGAUGAUGAUGAUGACGAAGAAGAAGAGUUGGAGGAGGAAGAAGGGGCAGCCGGUUUAGAGGCAUUUGGUACAGGUCGCCCCUCAAGACUGGAGGAACAAACUGUACCUGGACUUGAAGAUGCCUCAGUGGAAUUUUCACCACGCCGCAGAGUUGGAGUGUACGAAAAUGUUUCAGUACCCAGGGGUCCUUUGGGUGCUGGGGACAGCCAGCUGAAUGGGCAGACGGAGAAGCCACCCAGUGGGGACCAGGAGAAGCUGCGUAAAAUCAAGGAGAGACUGCUGCUGGAGGAAUCUGAUGAGGAAGAAGGUGACCUGUGUCGAAUCUGCCAGAUGGGAGAGGAAUCGAACUCCAACCCCUUGAUUCAGCCGUGCCGCUGUACCGGAAGUCUGCAGCAUGUCCACCAGGACUGCAUCAAGAGGUGGCUUCGCUCCAAAAUUGGCUCAGGCACAAACCUGGAGGCCAUCACCACAUGUGAACUCUGCAAACAGAAACUGCGCUUGAACAUAGACAACUUUGACAUCCAGGAGUUAUACAGGACACACGUGCAAUCAGAGUAUGAUGAGUUCAUCAGCAGUGGUUUGUAUCUGGUGGUCCUGCUGCAUUUCUGUGAACAGAGGUUCUCUGACGUCCUGGGAGCAGUCGAUGCAGCUGGGUUAUUCAACCUGGUGAGAAUUCUUCAUGAACACAUGGACAAUCUUGAAAUUCCUCACGGGGAUAGUGAUGAAGAGAUCCCAGACAGCAGACCGUCUAUCGAGUUCUCUGACCUGGACGACGAUCUUGAAGAGGAGUACUAAUUAUGCUUAAACGUUGGAAUGAGGGUAAAAAAAAAAAAGGAAAAAAAAAAAAAGAAGUGGGUCAGGGGAUCUGAAGUUGAAGGGGGGCUACUCUGUGCCAUAUGGUAGCUCACCCAGUUUUUCACACAUGCUUCGACAUCGUAGUAUUCAUCUGAAAUUCAACAGCAGUGAGAGGGAAGCUGAGUGAACCGGACGUCUCGCCUUUUUGGCUUUUGCAGAUAUGCAAACUUGAAAUGAACUACCACUAUUUAUGUCGACACCAUCACAUUUCUGUAUAUGAGAGGGCACUUUAUUCAAUCAUAAUAAAAUGAAAAUGCAAGUCUUUUUAACUGUUAAUACCACAAGUGCUUUAAUGUUGAAAUGAGAAGGCAGAGAGUGAAAAGGCAACAAUUGAUUUCCGAUUGCAAUGGUUAGAUUAGAUGAGAGAAGAUUUAAAAAAAAAAAAAAAAAAAAAGAAGUGGUGAUAUUUUCUGUUAUUGUUUCUUUUCCUCCGAGAACAUGUUGAAUUUACUCCAUCAAUGGAUUUCCUCCUUUGUUUCAGUCUUUGGAAUGCUUUAUCCAUGUACAAAUCUAGUUUCCUGCCUUCAAUUUUGAGAAUAAAGAUUGAAUUCAAACUGC